CACGCCCAUAAAAAGUUUACCUAAGAUGACGUGUACUUUGAUCCAUAAUACUCCUAACAUUUUGCUCCAGGAGCUUUUUCCUAAAGGAUAAAACUAUUUGUACCCCAAACUUUUGUACUCCAUUUGUAUACCGCAGUUCUAAUGGAAAUUAAUGAUUCCCAUAAGAGCAGUGGAAGCUUUAGAAUAAGCAGUUCAUCCUUAUGGAGGGCCGGCGGAAUGGAUGCUUUUGUGAAGUCAUCACGACAGGAAGAUGAAGAGAGAGCACUAUACUGGGCUGCACUCCAGAAAGCUCCAACCUUUGAUCGACUAAAGAAGGGAUUGGUGACUGGGUUAAGGGGAGAGACAUGUGAAGUUGAUAUAAAGAACAUUGGGUAUGAAGAAAAGAAAAAAAUUGUUGAGAGGUUAAUAAAAGUCCCCAACAGAGAUAAUGAGAAGUUCUUGUUGAAACUUAAGGAUCGGUUUGACAGGGUAGCUAUUGAGAUUCCCACAGUUGAGGUCAGAUUUGAGCAUUUAAAUGUGGGUGCUGAGAUUUAUGUGGGAAAAAGAGCUUUGCCUUCGAUCACUAACCUUUCCUUAAACAUUCUUGAGGGGCUACUGAGCUAUCUCAAUCUUCCAACAAACAAAAAGCACAUCUCUGUUCUUCAUGAUGUUAGUGGAAUCAUAAAGCCUGGCAGAAUGACUUUGCUCUUAGGGCCUCCGAGUUCUGGGAAAACCACUCUUCUGCUGGCAUUGGCAGGGAAGCUUGACCCUAGUUUUGAAGCUUCUGGUAGAGUCUCGUACAAUGGACAUGAAAUGAAUGAAUUUGUACCCAUGAGAACUGCUGCUUACAUCAGCCAGCAUGACCUCCAUAUUCCAGAAAUGACUGCCCGAGAAACCCUGGCAUUCUCUGCAAGAUGCCAGGGUGUUGGUUCCAGAUAUGAAAUGUUAGCAGAGCUAUCUAGGAGAGAAAAAGCUGCAAAUAUUAUGCCUGAUCCGGAUAUAGAUAUAUUUAUGAAGGCUGCUGCUACACAUGGUGAGGAAGCAAAUGUAGUUGUAGACUACAUCAUCAAGAUUCUGGGACUUGAAGGAUGCGAGGAUACAAUUGUAGGAAGUGAAAUGCUUAGGGGUAUGUCAGGAGGAGAACGGAAGCGGCUUACAAUAGCAAUAUCUCUUCUGCAGCCUGCACCAGAGUGCUAUGAUCUAUUUGAUGAUAUCAUUCUAAUAUCGGAAGGCCGGAUAGUUUAUCAGGGUCCUCGUGAUUAUGUGCUUGAUUUUUUUGAAUGCAUGGGAUUUAGGUGCCCAGAAAGAAAAGGAGUCGCUGACUUCUUGCAAGAAGUAACAUCAAGGAAAGGUCAAAUGCAAUAUUGGGUGAAUAAGGGCAGGCCUUACAGAUUUCUAACAGUUAAGGAAUUUUCUGAGGCAUUUCAGUCUUUUCACAUUGGCCGCAACUUAGGAGAUGAGCUUGCUACCCCAUUUCAAAAGGCUAGAAGUCACCCGGCUGCUUUAGCUACCAAGAGAUAUGGUGUUAAAGUUUCUCUAUGGGUGUUCUCUACAUACUAUGUCAUUGGUUAUGAUCCAAAUGCAGGAAGGUUAUUCAAACAAUGGCUUUUGCUCUUAAUUUUCAAACAAUAUUCUUCUGCAUUAUUUAGAUGUGCUGCUGUUGUAAGUAGGAGUUUGAUCAUGGCAUUUGUUGCUGGUUCAUUCUUAAUGCUUAUUUUCGUUUGCCUUGGUGGCUUCAUCUUGUCACGAGCACUUGCACAUUCUUCGACCGUUAUCUCACCAGAAUCUGAAGGCGUGACAGAGACCAAUAACAGCAAGUGUGGGAUGACCCUUUCUUUUGAGCCGCACUCCAUUGCAUUUAAUGAUAUUAGAUAUUCUCUAGACAUGCCACAGGAGAUCAAGAAUCUGGGAGUCAUGGAAGAACGCCUUGAGCUUUUGAAAGGUGUCAGUGGGGCUUUCAGGCCAGGUAUUCUGACAGCUCUUAUGGGCAUUAGUGGGGCAGGUAAAACGACGUUAAUGGAUGUUCUUGCUGGAAGGAAAACGGGUGGGUAUAUUGAAGGGGAAAUUUCAAUAUCUGGCUUUGCAAAGAAGCAGAAAACAUUUGCCCGCAUUUCUGGAUACUGUGAACAAAACGACAUCCACUCUCCUUACCUUACAGUAUAUGAAUCAUUGACUUUUUCUGCUUGGCUGCGCCUACCAUCAGAAGUUAGUUCAGAAAUUCGAACGAUGUUCAUUGAGGAGGUCCUGGAGUUGGUUGAACUUACCUCUUUGAGGGAAGCACUGGUUGGGUUACCAGAGUUGAAUGGUCUCUCAACUGGACAACGGAAGAGGCUCACUAUUGCAGUUGAAUUGGUGGCGAAUCCUUCUAUAUUGUUCAUGGAUGAGCCAACCACAGGCCUUGAUGCAAGGGCAGCAGCAAUAAUUAUGAGGACAAUUCGGAACAUUGUUAACACUGGUAGAACCAUUGCUUGCACAAUCCACCAGCCAAGCAUUGACAUAUUUGAAGCUUUUGAUGAGAGUAUUGAAGGAAUCAGCAGAAUAAGAAAGGGUCUUAAUCCCGCAACGUGGGUGCUGGAAAUUACAGCAAGUGAAAAUGAAGAAGCUCUGGGGAUUAAUUUCAACGAGAUCUACAGAAAUUCAGAACUAUACCUGAGUAAGGCACAAGAUUUGUUCAAUGCCAUGGGUUCUAUGUAUACAUCGGUUCUCUUUACUGGUGCUUUAAAUGCAUUCACUGUCCAACAAGUAGUUGUAUUGGAGCGGACUGUAUUUUACAGAGAAAGAGCUGCAGGGAUGUAUUCAGCCAUGCCUUUUGCCUUCGCAAUGGUAGUUAUUGAGCUCCCAUAUGUUUUGCUGCAAGCAAUCAUCUACAGCACCAUGGUCUAUUCCAUGAUCGGAUUCGAGUGGACGGUUACAAAAUUUUCUUGGUACCUUCUAAUCAUGUUCUUGACAUUCUUGUACUCCACCUUCCUUGGUAUGAUGUCAGUGUCCUUAGCACCGAAUGUGGACAUCGCAUCCAUCUUCCCGAUUGCAUCGUUGGGAAUAUGGAACCUCUUCUCCGGAUUCUUGAUCCCUCGGCCUCUUGCUCCGGUGUGGUGGAGAUGGUGUUACCUGCUGUCUCCGGUUGCUUGGACGCUAUACGGAUUGGUGGGGUCGCAGUUUGGAGACGUUGAGGAUGUUUUGGAGACGUUCGACACGGUGGAGAGCUUCUUGAGGGUUUAUUUCGGGUUCAGACGAGACUUCUUGGGAGAAACUGCUGCCAUUCUCUCUGCUUUUGUGCUCCUCUUUGCACUCAUCUUUGCUUUCUGUAUGAAGCUCUUCAAUUUCCAAAAGCGACGAGGAGAGGAAAAAGCCGAUACACAAAAGCACAGAAUCAGAGAGCUCGAGCGAAAUCUUGCAGAGAUGGAUCCAAAUCUAACGGCGCUUUCUCAGUCAUUCGAGCGAUUCAAGGCCGCUUUGAUGCGCAAAGAUUUCGACACCUGCACGGGGCUUCUCCCCCAACUCAAGGUUAUGCUAACAGAAUUUAAGAGCCUUCCUCCUGUCUUUGGAGAAACGCCGAAUGCAGUCCAAGAGUUGACAAUUGCAAGGGAUAUAUAUGAACAUGCAGUUAUUUUAGCUUUGAAGAUGGAGGAUCAAGAUGCCUUUGAGAGAGAUUUCUUUCAGCUGAAGCCUUAUUACACAGAUGCACGAAAACUUCCUCAAUCCCCCCAAGAAUACCCCAUUCUGGGUCUCAACCUUUUGAGACUACUGGUUCAAAAUCGAAUUGCAGAGUUCCACACUGAACUGGAGUUGCUUUCUUCAAAUGCCUUGGAGAAUCCUUGUAUAAAACAUGCUGUUGAGCUGGAGCAAUCAUUUAUGGAAGGAGCUUACAACCGUGUGUUAAGUGCCAGACAGGCAGUGCCUCAUGAAGCCUAUGCUUAUUUCAUGGAUGUUCUGGCUAAGACUGUCAGGGAUGAGAUAGCUGGAUGCAGCGAAAAAGCCUAUGACUCUCUUUCAAUAAAAGAUGCCCAGCAAAUGCUACUUUUCUCCUCAGACCAAGAACUUUUGGAAUAUGUUACUGAGGAACACCCCGAGUGGGUGGUAAAGGACGGGCUCAUCAUUUUUCAACGAGUGAAAGAUUCGGCGCCUUGCAAGGAGAUACCGUCUUUGCACCUUAUCAACCAAACACUCAGUUAUGCACGGGAAUUGGAGCGAAUCAUCUGAGGUUUCUGCUUUGAGUCUCAUAUUUCUGACACAGUUUGAGAAUCGGUCCUUUUGAAAGAAAAAAAACAAGUUGAAUCGGUCCUUUUUUUUCGUUUUCCAGUGGAAGUGCACGUUUGUUGUGUGUGUUUUUUCUUGUUUGAGUUCAAUUACUGUAAUUCAUCGUCUUCUUCAUAAUUUCCACUUGCCUCUGCUACUUGAUCCAAAAAAGCUUCUCUUUCUUAUACCUCAUUUUCCCCCAACAGAUUUUUAAGAAAAGAUAGAUGGGGUG